AUGAGCACCAUCAACAAGUCGCGCCAGCACAGCACCAGAGCCACCCGCCUGCGGCUGUCCAACGGCACGGCCACGUCCCUCUGCUGCGCAGGCAUCAAUGCUGGUGCCCCCAGGAUGAGCACUAAUCAACGCCGGGUUCCUGCGCAGAUGAUCAAGGAAGGGCCCGCUUCGGGAGCGCGAGCGCGCGUGCGCAAGGCCGGAACACUAUGGGAUGAGCCGACGGGGGUGGUGGUGGUGGUGGGCUCGCUGGCCAGUUGGCAGGAUGGCCUUGGCCGAGUGGGUGGUGGUGACAGUCUGGGGAAUGGCAGCAAGACUGGCAGCAAGACUGGCAGCAAGACUGGCAGCAAGACUGGCAGCAAGACUGGCAGCAAGACUGGCAGCAAGACUGGCAGCAAGACUGGCAGAAUCGGACGUCACAAGGGACGGCGGCAGCAGCAGCAGGUUCGUCACAGAGAGCAAGCAGAGGAGGGCUACAAGCAUGGAAGGUCCGGGGGGCGGUCAGGAUGCCAUGUGCGUUGGGUGUUCCAGUCCAUGGUGAUCGGUGAGGCUUUGGGAUGA